AUGCUCGCCCGCCUUGCCCUGAGCGCCGCGGUGGUGCUCGUCCAUCACGUGGCGCAUGCCCACGUCCAGGAACAAAUUCGAAAUGGCCAAGUCAAGGCGAAGGGAGUUAACCUCGGCGGGUGGCUUGUCGCGGAGGAGUGGAUGACGUGGGAUUCCCCGUUGUGGUGGGACGUGCCGUCCUCGCAUCACAGUGAGUACCACGCGAUGGAGUUUCUUGGCCAAGUCCAAGGCCAGAAGCAGUUCGACAUGCAUUGGGCGCAAUGGACCACCGAAACCGACAUCAAGCUCAUUGCACAAGCUAACCUCAACAUGGUGCGUGUACCCGUGGGAUACUGGAUCCAAGGGUGCACGGGACUCCCACCGGCGCUCUUCAAGCAGUGCGAUAUCUACGCCAAAGGGGGGCUAGUCUACUUGGACAAACUCAUCCGCGAUUGGGCCAAAAAGUAUGAUAUUGCCGUCCUCAUCAGUAUCCAUGGCGCACCGGGGUCACAAAACGGCGCCGACCACAGCGGAUCCAUCGACGGACGGUCACACUGGACGGAGAGCUACGACAACGUUUGGGCGACGCGCCAGUUGGUUUCCUUCUUGGUGCGCCGAUACAACGCCGACGAAGCGUUCCUCGGGAUCGGGCUGCUCAACGAGCCAGCUGGAACGACAAACCAAGCGACGAUGCAGCAGUAUUACCACGACGUAUACUAUGACGUUCGAACGGUCGUGGGCAGCAACUGCAUCUUGACGCUGUCGCCGAUCUUAUGGUUCCAAGGCCGUGGGGCCGGGCCCAACUUGGAAGACUUUGGGCGGUAUAUGUACAACGUGUGGGUGGAGUGGCACCCGUACUUGAUCUGGGGCUACGAAGGCAAAUCGGAGAGCGACAUCAUUCAAGGUGCCGUGGGAUGGGCGCGGCAAAUCCGUGACUGGACUGGCCAUCCACUCUUCCUUGGUGAGUGGUCAUUUGCGACGGCGGGCGGCACGUUUCAAACAGAGGCGUCGAAAAGUCUCCUUGUCGACACGAUGCUAAACAUGGUCGACAAUGCUCGCGGGGGAUGGUCGAUCUGGUCGUGGCGGGUCGCCGGGAACAACCCAUGGAACGGAUGGAACGUGCGGGGUCUCCUCAAUGCAUACGAACACUCGAACCAGUUCUGGACGGGCAACCGUCCCAACAUAUCGGAACCUGUCACUAUUGUUCGCGCGCAGCCCAACCUCCGCCUGGAGCUCUAUCCCUGGUUUAACUGUGGCAUCGUUCAACACCCCAACUACAUCAACAGAUUCGGCGUGACCGACCUGGAGCGUUGGGUGUACUACGGCUCAUCGAACCAGUUCCGAUCCGAUCGAACUGGGGAUUGCCUCGACGGGUUCAGUCGGUUCAACAACUUCUAUGCCCACGGGUGGUCGUGCGAUGACUACAACCCGAACCAAAAAUUUCGCCUGUACAACCACAGCCUCAUCCACCUCACUUUCAACAAGUGCCUGUCCGUGUCGAACGACUUGCCGACGAGCAUCACGCUCGCAACGUGCAACUCGCAAGACCCGGACCAGUUCUUCUCGACCAACGAAGUGGCCCGUAUCGUGGCUGCGGACAAGACGCGUCUUAUGGCAUUCGUUGGCAACAAGGACGGGUCCUCCGGGAUUGCUAAGGUAGGGGCUGCGCUCCAGGACGCGACCGACACGUGGCUCAUCGAAUACACCACGCGCCGAGUGAUCAACACCGUGUCUGGAAAGUGCUUGGACGCGUUUGGCGUCGACUACAGUCGAGGUACGGGAUCCGUCCACACGUGGCCGUGCAGCAAGACGAAUGGAAACCAGUGGUGGAACUACGACGCGACGACGAGCCAGCUCCGCCACGCCACGCACGGUGGGUUCUGUCUCGACUUGUCAGGUGGGUCGCCAACGCUCGCGCCGUGCCGCGACCCCCGGUACAAGCAGCUCUUUGCCAACCAGCAGGUCACCCUCGAUUGGAUUUCGUACCCCCAGCUCGAUGUCCUCUCGACAAACCUCUAACACUCGUAUAUUAUAUUGGCUCCG